AUGGAAGCACAGAGGAACCGCGGCUCCUGCGGGCGCUGGUCACUGAUGCUCCUGCUGCUGGGCCUGGCGACGCCGCCAGCCACUGCCCAGGCCCUCAGCUACAACGAGGCCGUGCUCCGAGCCGUGGAGGCCUUCAACCAGCGGUCCUCGGAGGCUAGUCUCUACCGCCUCCUGCAGCUGGACUCGCAGCCGCCCAGUGCAGACGAGGACCCAAACAGCCCGAAGCCUGUGAGCUUCACGGUGAAGGAGACUGUGUGCCCCAGGACGACGCAGCUGCCGCCCGAGCAGUGUGCCUUCCAGGAGAACGGGCUGGUGAAACAGUGUUCGGGGACCGUCACCCUGGACCAGGCCAACGACCCCUUUGACAUCAACUGUGUGAACGUGCAGAAUGUCAGACGUCUCCCAAGAGGCCACCGGCGGGGGAGAGGACGAACGUACCGGGACGUGGGGAAACACUAUGUGCUGGAGGCCAGAGUGGUCAUUCUGUGUCUGGGCCUCCAGGAGCCAAAAAUCCGGACACCUGGGCAUCUCCUGGACUUUGGGACGCCUGUGUGUUCUGUGAAGGAGGGCAAGUUCGAGAAGUGCCCACGUCUGCAGUGA